AUGUCAUUCCUGAUUCCGACUCUUGAGGCUUACUCAAACAAUCCAAAUAAGAGUGGGGCACUCCCCAAAACUCUCUACUACAUUUCGUUGGAUGCUGUUGACAAACAGCCUGAUGAGUGGAGAGACGAUAACCUUCCUCCAAAGCAACUCAAAGGAGAGUCGGCAGCUUUGAAACUGUAUACUCAAGUUGUCGGCAAAUUAUUAAAACACCAACGCAGUCACCUACGUGUACUGAUUCUGACCAACAUCCUGGAGACCAAGCGAAUUGCGAUCACAGGCCCGGUCCCAAAUCGAUAUGCGCUGGUCACUUUGAUUUAUUCUGACCUCCCACCGGAAAACCAAAAAUGGACCGAAGAACAAAUAAAAAACCGAGUCGAAUCCAACUGGCUCAUGCGAAUUCGUAUGGCCUAUCUUCGUCUGGUCCUUGUCUACUUCUACACCCACCCAUCAUCAACAGGUACGCAAUGGGGUGUGAUUGACCAGCGACUUGCGAUCCUCCGCAAGUCAACUUCUGAGUUUCAAACCAUGCAUGCAACUCUUGUCUUAAAAAAGGACAAAGAGUUGUUUUCGCAUGGAAAGCAAUUUCACACGAUCCCGAAGGACCAAUUCUCUAUUCCUUCUGUUGAUGAUGUCAACAUAGCGCUUGCUCAAAAAGAUAGCACACGAGAAAUGCAAGCUCUUGAUGCGCCUGAUUUCCCUUGA